ACCUUACAAGUUGUUGACAUAACAUCACAUAUUUAUUAUAAUGUUAUGUACCGAGCGGUAUUAGUUAUUGGUGUUCUUUCGAAAUGAUAAGAUCGUGAUUGUGUUGAUAUAUACUUCCAAUAUCACACGGAUAGCGAGACAAUAGAAGAUAGAGAAAUUGGCUGUAGCUAAUUUUUAUAAAGGAUCAUAUAGUUGUAUAAUACAACUUGUGGGAUACAAUCUCAAUAUACAAAACAUCUCAGGCAAAUAUUGAGAGAGAGAGAAAUAUGAUAUUUUUAAAAUUAUUAUUAAGUAGCGGUUUAUUCUUUGCCGCGGCGGCUCCUUUGACCAACAAACAGUCAUUUACAUUACUGGAUUAUAUAAAACCAGAGCAUUACAACAUCAAGCUUAUACCAUAUGUUAUACCAUAUGAUCAAGAUACUUUCUAUGGCGAAUGCAACGUCAGCAUUAAUAUUCUUCAACCAACGCAUACUAUAAAUUUACAUUCAGAUGCACAAUGUAUACAGAAUAUAGAAUUAAUUGAUAAUCCACCAAGAUUUCAGCAAUCUGAUGACACAAAAAUGGUCAUUUAUAAACCGAUAAAAUAUUUACGUGAUAGUAAGACGCAGAUUGCCGAGUUUUCCUUCAAGAAUGAGAUAGCAUCGGGGCGUUACACCUUAAAUAUGAAAUUUACUGGUGUUAUAGCUGAUAAUGGAGGCUUCAGAACUUUUUCUUUAAUGGACAGCAAAUUUGUCCGUGUUAUGGCUGAUAACGUCGAAACUUUUGUUUUAAUGGAAAGUGAAUAUAACAAUAGAGGGUGGAUGGCUGCAACACAUUAUCAGAUAGAUGGUGUCCGACGAUUGUUUCCAUGUUGGGACAAACCGGAAUUAAAAGCGACCUUUGAUAUUUCUAUAAUACAUCCUCUUUGGGACAAACCGGAAUUAAAAGCGACCUUUGAUAUUUCUAUAAUACAUCCUCGUAAUUACACGGCUUUUUCAAAUAUGCCAACACGAGAAAUAAAAGUACUUAAAAAUGAUAUGGCAUCGAUACACUACGAUACUACUGUUGCAAUGUCUACUUCUUUCAUCGCGGCAGUUAUAGUUAAUCGAGCAGAAUUAUUCAUUCGUAAUGUGGUUGGAACUGUGGCCAACAUGUAUAACAGAAAAAUCGCCUCAUAUCUCCUGUUUCAUACAGAAAAUAUUGUGGAAAAAAUUACAAGUCAUUUGAAAAAAGAAUGGGGGAGAUCACAGAAAAUUUCGAAAGUAGAUCAUGUAGUAAUUCAACAUUUCGAUGAUGAAAACAUGAUAACUUUAGGGCUUGUUCUAUAUAGAGAAUUUGAUAUUGUGUACAAAGAAACAUCAGAUCCCGUUGGGCGUAAAAUUAAAGUGCUUCGCUUAGUAGUUAGUAAAAUAUUACGAGAAUGGUUUUCAUUUCGGUGGUCACACUCUUGGUUAACCGAGGCUUUUAUUACAUUUUUUGGAGCCUAUGUAGUCGAUAAGACUAUCUCAGAUUCUCGAAUAAUGGAUUUAUUCAUGGUUCAAAUUCAACAAGAUUGUCUGCAUUUAGACGCUGAGUACAGUAUGUGGCCUCUUAGUUCACAAAUCAACAGUUCUUUUGAAAUUCCUUAUUACAUCAGAGCAUCCGUUAUAUUGCAUAUGUUGCAACACACAGUUGGCAAAGAAGCAUUUUGGAAAGGUAUCCGUACAUAUAUAUAUGACAAUUAUUGUACUAUCUCAGAUUCUCGAAUAAUGGAUUUAUUCAUGGUUCAAAUUCAACAAGAUUGUCUGCAUUUAGACGCUGAGUACAGUAUGUGGCCUCUUAGUUCACAAAUCAACAGUUCUUUUGAAAUUCCUUAUUACAUCAGAGCAUCCGUUAUAUUGCAUAUGUUGCAACACACAGUUGGCAAAGAAGCAUUUUGGAAAGGUAUCCGUACAUAUAUAUAUGACAAUACAUAUAAGUGGGGCGCUUCUAACGAUUUUUGGACAGCUAUGCAAACUGGCUUCGAUAAAAUACCAUACUUUCCAUUUGAAGGAUUUAAUAUAACAAAACAAAUGGAUCCUUGGAUCAAGCAAAGGCAUUAUCCCGUCUUGAAGGUGAUACGAAAUCCUGGUGGUUUUAAAAAUAUAACACUAGAAAUUCUCAAUACAUCAAAUAAUUGGAGCAUACCUCUAACGUAUACUACGCAAGCAAAUAUCAAUUUUGAGGAUACCUUACCUGAGAUUUGGUUAAAUAUGUCAGAUAUUGGAAGGCGUGUGUAUAUUUUGGAUAUUGCAACUAGCAGUUUUGAUAAAGAGCUUAACGAGUCUGAAUGGAUAAUAUUCAACGUAAAACAAACUGGAUAUUAUAGGAUCAACUACGAUGCUAAAAACUGGCAAUUAAUCUCGGAUUACCUAGAUUCGCCGCAUUUCAUGAACAUACAUGUUCUCAAUCGUGCUCAACUUAUCGAUGACGCGUUUCACUUAAUGAUAGCACGCCAACUCGAUUCUUCUAUAUUCUGGAAUCUCACGAGAUAUUUACAUCAAGAGGAAGAUUAUGUGGCAUGGUAUCCUAUGUUCAAAGCUUUGGAACAAAUGUCGAGUGUUUUUCAAUUACAGGAUCCAGAAGUUGAUGCUAUUAAGGAAAAUAUGAACAAAAUAUUGAAUACACUGCUUCAAAAACUUGAAUAUGAUGAAGUUGUCGAAUAUUCAGGCCCGAUCAAGAAAUACGAGAAAGAUUUUAGAAAAUCUUUAAGACAAGAGGCUGCAAAAUGGGCAUGUCUUCUCGGUGAAAUCAACUGUAGAAACAAAGCCUCCGAGAUAUUGAAAGAAAAUUGGCUAUUUCCAAACCAUAUUAUGAUAUGGUGGAGGGAAUGGACUUACUGUAAUGGUUUAGCCGUGUCAAACUCCACUUGGUCAAAUAUAUACAAGACAUGGGAAAGAACCUAUGAUAACAGACUUUUCAAAUUAUUGGCUUGCGCUGAACCUAAUACUAUCAAGACAUAUCUGACUCUAAUAACAAGUGCAAUUACAUUUCAACAAUUUAGUAAUAGUAAAACAUUAGAAUUAUUAACCAAAGGUUUUAUUGAUAGUUUCCCCUUUAUUAUUGCAAAAAAUAUAAAAAAUAAGGUUAUGCUUUCAUAUAUAUUAUAUCAUGUUUUAUAUUUUGGAGAAGCCAGUGUAAUGCCCAGCAAACUUAACAUGAUUGCAACAUUAACUAUUAUUAUCAAUCAUGUAUAUUCUAAGCUAGGACUUAACGUGGAACGCAAAGUUUGGGAAAAUGUGGCGCAACAUGUAAGCAAAAUUUAUAAAAAAAUACAAAAACGUAAAUCCGAAAUUGAAAGCCAGAAGAAGUAUCUACAGAGCUUUAAGCUAACCAAAUAA